UUUUUAUUUUGUGCUUCUUUUUGGGGGAUAUUUUGGUGAAAUAUGCAGAGCCAGAGAGGUGUGUGAGUCACACGGAAGAGAAGACGCACCAAACAGAUGAACAAAUCGCAGCAGAAAAGCCCAUAAUCUCACUCGAAAUUGCACAAGAGGAAUUAUAUUGUUUUCUUGUGCUGCUGUUUGGAAGUCAGUUUCAACUCCGGCAGGUAAAAUUCUGAAGAACACUCAUUGAGAGAAACCCGAUGAGCAUUGUUUGCAGUUGAAGGUUCAAAGCAAGGAUGACGUUAUACAUGCCCCUUUUCAAGGCCUGCACGAACGUAAGAUCGCUUACCCUCCUGCAUGCACAUUUAACCGUCACGGGCCUUCAAAAGGAUCGUCUUGCAUCGACCAAGCUCAUUGAGUCAUAUUCACAAAUGGGUUCGGUUCAAACUUCAAGGUUAGUGUUCGACAGGUUUCCGAAUCCAGAUUCCUUCAUGUGGGGUGUGUUGAUCAAAUGCUAUGUGUGGAAUGGCCUGUUUCAAGAAGCCAUUUCUGUGUAUCAAAAUAUGCUGGAGAGAUUAGCAGAGCUGAAUAAGUUUGUUUUCCCUUCAGUUUUGAGGGCUUGUUCUGCAAUUAAUGAUCUGAGGCUGGGGAAAAAGGUCCAUGCGAGGAUUGUGAAAUCUGGGUUUGAGUCUGAUCCCGUAGUUGAAACCACACUGCUGAGUGUUUAUGGUGAAACUGGGCGUUUGCAUGAUGCUAGGAUGAUAUUUGAUGCAAUGUCAAUGAGAGAUGUGGUGUCAUGGAGUUCGAUAAUAUCAACUUAUGUGCAGAAUGGACAGGCAAGUGAAGGACUGGAAAUAUUUAGGAAGAUGGUUAUAGAAGGCAUGGAAAUUGAUUCUGUGACCAUGCUUAGUGUAGCAGAGGCUUGUGCUGAGUUGGGGUUAUGGAGAGUUGGGAAGUCAUCUCAUGGUUAUGUAAUGAGAAGGAAUGUUGGGAGUGAUCAUGAAGCAUUAAGGAGCUCUCUUGUUGCAAUGUAUGGAAAAUUUGGUGAUUUAUGUAGUGCAGAAAAGUUGUUCCGUAGUGGUGUUUAUCAGAGUGUUACCUCAUGGACAACAAUGAUUUCAUCCUACAAUCAAAAUAGAUGCUAUUUAGAAGCAUUAGGGACGUUCAUUGAGAUGCUAGGGCUUAAUGUGGAAAGUAAUAGUGUUACACUGAUGAAUGUUGUAUGUUCUUGUGCUCGAUUGGGAUGGCUAAAAGAAGGGAAGUCUAUUCAUGGAUAUAUUAUAAGGAAUAAUGUGGACCUUGAUAGUGAUUUUUUGAGGCCAUCAUUGAUUGAUCUGUAUGCUAAUAGUGGCCACUUAAGAUACAGCCGUCGUGUCUUUGAUGCUGCUCAAGAAAAACAUAUAGUAUCCUGGAAUAUCCUCAUCUCAGGUUAUGCUAGGGAGCAGAUGGUUGAGGAGGCUCUUUCUCUUUUUGUUCAAAUGUUGAUUGAAGGAAUAAUGCCAGAUUCAUUUGCAUUGGCGAGUACUCUUUCAGCCUGUGGAAUGAUUGGGCUUUCAGAAUUGGGAUGUCAAAUACAUUGUCUUAUUAUCAAGACAUACCUCCCAAAUGAGUUUGUUGAGAAUGCCCUCAUCGACAUGUAUUCCAAAUGUGGAUUUAUAAAUUCAGCAACUAGAGUAUUUCUUGACACCCAACACGGGAGUGUUAUAACAUGGAACUCUAUGAUGUGCGGAUUUUUUCAAAAUGGUUACUCAAAAGAAGCUCUCAGCCUUUUUAAUGAAAUGUAUGCUAAACAUCUUGACAUGGAUGAAGUAACCUUUUUGAGUGUAAUUCAAGCUUGCUCAAAUCUAGGUUCAAUAGAUAAGGGAAAAUGGAUUCACCAUAAGUUGAUUACUUUUGGUGUAAGGGAAGAUAUGUAUAUUGAUACAGCUCUAACAAAUAUGUAUGCUCGAUGUGGGGACCUUCAGAUGGCUCAAAGAGUUUUUGAUAACAUGACUGAACGAAGUAUUGUAUCAUGGAGUGCCAUGAUAGGGGGUUAUGCAAUGCACGGUUAUAUUGAUUAUUCAAUCUCUCUCUUCAAUAGAAUGGUAGAAUUAGGAGUAAAACCAAAUGAUGUUACUUUCAUGAAUAUUCUCUCAGCCUGCAGUCAUGCUGGAUAUGUUGAGAAAGGGAAGUUUUACUUUAACUCAAUGGUCAGAGAUUUUGGCAUUAUGCCCAACUCUGAGCAUUAUGCAUGUUUGGUUGAUUUGCUGAGUCGAGCUGGUGAUUUACAUGGAGCAUUUGAAGUCAUAAACUCAAUGCCUUUCCCCCCAGAUGCUAGCAUUUGGGGUGCAUUGGUAAAUGGGUGUAGAAUCCAUCAGAGACUGGACUUUCUGAAUGGCAUUAAAGGGGACCUUGUCAAUAUGGAUGCAGAUGAUUCUGGAUAUUACACACUGUUGUCUAAUGUAUUUGCAGAAGGAGGUAACUGGAAUGAGUCUAAAGUGGUAAAAUCAAAGAUGAGAAGUCUAGCUCUGAAGAAGGUCCAUGGCUAUAGUAUGAUCGAGACUGAGUCAAAUUCAUAGAUUUGGAGAAAACAUUUUCCCCCGCAAUCAAAAGAGCACAUUGUAUUUAGGCAUUACACUUUCAGCGGGCAGAAAGACUUCUCACGAGUUGGUGCCUUCAGCUUGUCUGUACCUAAGGCUAGCCUUCAGUCACCCCAAUGUUCAAAUGCAAUGCCUUUCACUUUGCUGCACUUGGUGCCAAGACAAUCCCACUCAAUUUUAUCAAGAUUUUGACUGCUACGUCAUUGAAUCAGUCUUCAGUUCCCUGAGUUGGCUCCAAUAGAAUUACCUCUGUUGAAAUGGAAGCAUGCCUAGUGGAGGUACAGUCAUCCUAAUCCUAGCACAAACAGAGCGCCUUGGACAAAAGACGAGGAAUUGGCUUCUAAUAGUGCCAAUGGGAACAGGACCGAAUCAAAUAAGUUAUUGCCCUGAAGUUUUUCCAACACAUAUCAGUUACAUGAAGCAAUAAGUCUUUCGUAAUGAGACAGUAUGAACCUUCACAAUCAUCAUCAAUAUUCCAUGCUGUUUCUUUUGCUAUCACAUAUAAGUGUUUGCACUGCACUUAUAUCCAUCAGACUGAUCUGCAAUAAGAAAUCAUUGGAACAGUGUUGUUAAGAAGGAGCUGUAUAUGUAUAUAGUUUGAAUAGUGCAGCCUGAAGGUGAUGAAAUACAAUUGAAGGAAGCCUCUGAAUACGUGAAGCUGUAACUAUUGCCGGCUUUGCAGUCUACAAGAGGUGUGAUCAACACAAUUGCACAUUCUGGAGAGGAACGCAGUCUGACUGGAUUAUUUUUACUUCAAUUUGUAUGUGCAGAUUGCUCUAGUAUUAUUCUUAGAAGUUUUCUGAAGCUCCUUUAUUUUAUAUUAAAACUAUUAAAGUGGAUUUUUGAAUUAAAAAAAAAAACCAUAAAAACCAAAGGGGUUGUAGUAGUGAAGCAAAGAAGGGCUUAUUUGAUAGAAAAUAGAUUCUAAGGGGUCCUUUCAGUAAUUUUACUAAAUACUACUACUCCUUGCUUGUGUAAAUCUAAUAAUAUUUGAGUUGAGCCCAAAACAGAGGAAGACAGAAGAGUAACUUGUAAAGGAGUCAGAUGGGAGAAUAAAGAACUCCAGGAAGAAAUUGAAGAGGUAGAAAAAUGUUGCAGUGCAUAUUUCAGACUCCGGGUAUGUACGAAUCUCGUUAUUUUCACUGCCUCUGUGUUAUGUGCCCCAGUGGAAUUGUUACUGAAGAUAUGUGUAGUAUAAUCUGGAAAUCUUUUGAUUGAUGGGUUUUCAAGUGAUCAAACUAGGAAGAUGAAACCAGAGUGGAAAGGGAAUUGCGCUCCGGAAUUUCAUUAUAUCUGUAUUGCUUUAUAAUUCAAGAAGUUGUUGAUUAAAUGAAAAUGAUUAUCUUAGAUAUCUUGCAAAUUUCCAUUGCAGCUGCAAACGGGUUUUUGUAUUUUCAGUAACGGAAAUUAGGAAUAGAUAGUAGAUGUUUUAUGGUUCCAGAUUUAGUCCUAUAUCUUAGCUCAGUAAAAAGAUAACCUUGAGAUAUUCGGCUUCUAAUGUGGUUGAUAUUUAGUAGUGCAAAGUCGAAAAAGAAAAGGAUGUUUGAUGGUUACUAAACUAUUGAAGAGAAGAGAGUAAGCAGAUGAUUUGGUUGCGACUGUGAAAUUUCAGGGAGGUGAUGCUGGAAAAACAGCUCAUGGGUCACCGGGUUGACCGUUCAAUAUGUACAUGGUUCUGGGACCAAAUACUUACUCAAGGUGACUCUUUGAAGGGUAAAGAAGUUGAAGAAUACUCCAAUUUAUGUGAAGCCACAACUGACCUCUGAUUUGGGGACGUGUGUCGUCUAAGUGUGUUAGUUGGAAUACGAAAUGAUCCUGGAAAGGCAAUUGACUCUAUAACAGUUCAAUUCCGACUACCUCCUUGCAUUUUGUCAUCUGACCUUUCUUCAAAUCAUGGAGCAGUAAAUGUUCUUGCUGACGAGACCUGCUCGUUGACUAUUGGAUGAAUCCCAAAAGAUAAAGCUCCAUCAAUGUCAGAUACCUUGGUGCUUGAAACAGGCAUAGAACGGCUUCAUGUGUUUCCCACUUUUCAAGUGGCUUUCAGGAUUAUGGGCGUCGCUCUCUCUGGCUUAAAAAUAGAUAAACUGGAGUUACUAAAUUUACCUUCACGUCCAUAUGAAGGUUUCUGAGAUCUUGCACGAGCAGGUGAAUUUCAAGUAAGAUCAUAACUUUUCGUGCAAAAAGGCGAAACUUAUCAAGCGGGAUCAUGACUUUUUGCCUCAAGUUGGUCUGUCAACUAUUGUAUCUUUAUUGUGGUGCAUUCAAACAUGAAUUUUGCUCUUGUUUAGCAUUCUGUGCUUUGGUCCUUUCCUGGAGGUGGACAAGAAAUGGAUAUAGCUUCUUAUUCUGAGCAGUUGAAGACAGUGUGAAUAUGGUUUGGAAAUCUCAGAACCAGUUUUCAGAUAUAUGAAAUUCUUGGAUGAAUCAAUCUAUUGGUUGCCAUUUUUAUCAA